GUUGACUCUCCCUUUGCCCCUCUCUUCCUUUCCUUCAAACAUAAAGAAUUAUGGGGACAAAACACCAAAAACCGGAAAAAUCCGACCAAACAGUUUGGUCCUUGGAAGAAGAUGUUUCAAGCCAUUCCAAGUCCUACACAUGUUCUUUCUGCAAAAGAGGGUUCUCAAAUGCUCAAGCUCUUGGAGGUCAUAUGAACGUCCAUAGAAGAGAUAGGGCCAAGCUUAGGGAAUCUUCAGAAGAAAACCUACCUUCUUCGGAUACAGUGAAGACAACGAACACGGAACUCGAUCGAGUUCAAGAUCGUUAUCGGAAUCCGGAGAUCAUAUUAGAAUCUAGUGAAGAGAAAAAUUGCAGCCCUAAAAGGCCUUGUAAAGUUUCCAGGGGAAGAGAUGGUGUUGAUGGUUCGUCAUCUCAGAUAGAAUUGGAUCUCGAGCUCCGAUUAGGACCAGACUCCCGACCCUCUUGACCUGAUUGUUUUUUGUUUUUCCAGAGGAGAAAACAGUGAAAAUGGUAUGCUAGUGAUGAA